UUACCCCUAUUUCACAAAUGGAAAAACUGAGGAACACAGAGGCUUAGCAGGUGGCCUCAGGUCGCACAGCUGGGGCCGGGUGAAGCCCAGAUGCAAACCCAGGCUCUCCGGCUCUGGAGUCUCUGCUUCUUGCUAAAGCGACUCUCUAGGUCUGAGUUGGGAUCUUUGAAGGAGUGGAUUGUGUUUCGCUUGAAGAAGAGUUUUAGGGAUUUGGUGGCACUGCCGUCUGCAAGCAUUUGAAGUGAAAAAGGGAUUGAUCAUUACUGGUUCUGUGAUACUCCAGUCGGCAGAACUUAGGCCCGCCGAGAGAAAACGCUUUUGAAUACUAAAGGCGGGGUGUAGAUUGGUCCUGAAAUACAGGAUGCAUUGGCAGGGACACCCGGGGGUUUCCCGUGCUCCUGAAGACUUCCUGACAAAGCUCAAAGAUUUCUUGCCGCUGAAGUUGCCCGUGAACUGCGGGGAAAGAUGGGUCUUUGAAUUUGGUGACCCUCGAAGAUCCUUUCAGUGCCAAGAUCUUUGGCGCGUUCCGGUGAGAGUCACAGACCUCACGGAUUUCCUUCGUGUUCCGUGUGUCACCACAUAAAUCUUUCUACCUCAUGGUGGCACCUCCCUGGCGGGACUUGAGAGAUUGCAAUGAGACAAAGCGGAUACAGCGCUCAUUAGAGCUCAGCAUCGGAACACUCUUAUUAGACUUGGACAUGGCCUCCUCCAAGAAGGUUACCCUGUCCGUGCUCAGCCGGGAGCAGUCGGAAGGGGUCGGGGCGAGGGUCCGAAGAAGCAUUGGCAGACCCGAGUUGAAAAAUCUGGACCCAUUUUUACUGUUUGACGAAUUUAAAGGAGGUAGACCAGGUGGAUUUCCUGAUCACCCACAUCGAGGUUUUGAGACAGUAUCUUACCUCCUGGAAGGGGGCAGCAUGGCCCAUGAAGACUUCUGUGGACAUGUUGGUCAGAUGAACCCAGGAGACCUGCAGUGGAUGACCGCGGGCCGGGGCAUUCUGCACGCGGAGAUGCCUUGCUCGGAGGAGCCAGCCCACGGCCUGCAGCUGUGGGUUAAUUUGAGAAGCUCGGAGAAGAUGGUGGAGCCUCAGUACCAGGAACUGAAAAGUAAAGAAAUCCCUAAACCCAGUAAGGAUGGCGUGACAGUUGCUGUCAUUUCUGGAGAAGCCCUGGGAAUAAAGUCUAAGAUUUACACUCGCACACCGACCUUAUAUUUGGACUUCAAACUGGACCACGGAGCAAAGCAUUCCCAGCCUAUUCCUAAAGGGUGGACAAGCUUCAUUUAUACCAUAUCUGGAAAUGUGUAUAUUGGGCCUGAUGAUGCACAACAAAAAAUAGAACCUCAUCACACGGCAGUGCUGGGGGAGGGUGACAGUGUCCAGGUGCAGAACAGGGUUUUAUCAAUGCCGAUCCCUCAUCGUCAGGAAUCGCCUGAAGUCUCUAUUGUUUAUCCCUAGAAAUUUGAAUCUGGAGGCAACAUGUGCUUCUUUGUCUCUUAAUUUUCUUUCUUUAUACAAUUGAUUUAUUUGUGCCAUCAGUGAAAAUGGAUCAACCAUCUAGGAGUAUAAAUACAGAUCUCCAUGCUCACAACGAGCCCUUUGCAAGUCGAACUGAGAGGAGCAUAUGAUGCGUUUCAUAGUCCUUUGGUGUUGAACCCCUGCUUCUUAGGUAGAGUUUCCGAUAUUUCUAUUUCAUUCCCUUAAGUGAUUAUCUCAGUCUCUUGGGAGCCUGCUAAGCCAGUCUGAUGGCUUUGUGUCAUUCUAAUCAAGAGGAUUGAAGAGACGGUUGUGCAAAAGCUCCUGACAAGAUGAAUUUUGAAAAGUAGGGGUGGAAACGACUUCAGUGUGCAGGUGACUGGCAGAGAGGCGAUCUGCCUGCCUCGGGCCGCUCUGAUCCCGGUGUUGUGGAAUGCAGUGGAUUUGAAGAAUUACGGCAUCUUCGCCUGCUUUUGUGGCAGCUCACCUAUGGAGUAAAUAGAAGGGAAACCUCAUGAGCACCAGAGAAAAUGCACAUAUCGGGGUCCAUACACCUCGAUUAUUAGGUUGAACUGUUUGAAACUGCCACUUUGGACCCACAGAAAUGGUUUCGGGCCAGUGCAGGAAGGAGGCCCAGAAGCUGCACACAGACCAGAGCCAACUGGUCGUGGAUUUGUUUGUCACAUUAUUGGGUUUAACUUGACACCUCGAUUCUUCCUAUAAUCUAGCAGAGGGCACAUUGCAGAUGACAAGGAUUUGGAAACUGGAAUGAACCACCAGAAAGAGUUGCUGAGGGGAGCCAGAAAGGCGGCGGGCCGGGGGGGGGGGGGGGGUUGGGGCGGGGGAAGAGGGGGCAGCCUGGGAUAACAAAGAGUUGGCUAAAGCAUCAGUUCAGUGGCUCCAGGGACACCACUCUGUUGUGUAGACUUCUGUAAUUAUUGCUGGGUAUGAACAUAGCCAGAGCCAUCCAGGCAUUAGAAAGAUUUCUAUGAGAAAAUUAUCGUUAAAAAUUAGUAUUUCAAUGGGUGUGUGAUGCUUCUAUCCACGAAGAAAUAGUCCCCCUUAGAUUACAACGGGAAGGAGAUCGUGAAGGUGUGAAUCUUGGUCUUGCCAUUUGUUAGCUGUGUGACUUUGGAGAUGUUUUUCAACCUCUCUGAGAUUCAGUUUCGUUGUCUACAAAAUCAAAAUAAUGAUGCCCCCUGCAUAGAGUUGCUAGAAAGAAUAUGUGAGAUUACGUAUGUCGAGAGUCCACUCCAGGUCUAGCACAGGGAUUGGUAAAUUAUGUCCAGUAGGUCAAAUUCAAACCUGGUUUUGUAAAUAAAGUUUUGUCGGAUCACAGCUACGCCCAUUCCUUUCUGUUUGUGGAUGCUAUCACACCACAACGGUACAGUUGAGUGCUUGCAACAGAGACUAGAUGACCCACAAAGCCUAGAAUACUUAUUCUCUGGCUCUUUACAAGGAACAGUGUGCUAACCCCUGGUCUAGUAUGUAAUGGGUGCCCAAUAAUGGUAGCCAGAAGGUUCACUGAUCUAAACACCUAAUUUAACAGAUAGUCAUGUCAGAUACAUGUUACCUAAUGAGGAUUUAUACUUCAGGCCGUAAGGUUCAGGGCACAUAGCAGUUUCUACAGCUAGAAAAAGCCUCUUAAGUGUUCUGAUUCACUCCAGGCCCCAGGCAAGGGUUAUCUUCACGUGGAACUAAAGCCUGAGGAUUAGAAAAGGAAGAUAUGACUUCCUAAUGUUCCCCUUAAUCCCAUUUGCACUGAGUUGUGGUCAAGAAUAAGGAUUUGGGGGCCACUUGGAUAGCUCAGUAGGUUGAGCAUCCGACUUCGGCUCAGAUCAUGAUCUCACAGUUUGUGAGUUCGAGGCCCGCAUCGGGCUCUCUGCUGUUAGUGCAGAGCCCACUUCAGAUCCUCUGUCCCCCUCUCUCUGCCCCCCCUCCCCAAAAUAAUAAACAUAAAGAAUAAGAAGAAGGAUUUGGUAUACUCCCUGGUUCCUAGGACUUUCGCUACUCCUUACUUCUGAGUCUUCCGCAAUCAUUCCUGUCUUCCCGGUUAACCACAUAUGGGUGGUUUCCUCUAGAGUAACCAACCCUCUGGGGUGGGAGAGGAGGGCACGCAAGGGUUGAUGUCAUUCACGUCAUUUCUGUCCCCAGGUUUCCUGCUCCAUCUUAGCAUUUGACUUGUCUUACGUCAGCACAUUUUAGGCUUCAGGGACCCCUGUCUUCUUUCCGAGGGUGGAUUGUCUUCUGUGACCCUUACUCUGAAGUCUUCUGUGGCAGAUGGCAACUACAUGGGGCUUGGUUUAUGCUAGAUUUAAGAGUCUUUAGGCCAGACCCUCUGACUUCUUGGAGGAAGCCCAGACUCCCAACAAUGGCUUCAAAAUAGUCUUAGCUUUUUCAGAGUUCUUAGAGAUUAGGAUCAGCUCCAUGCUUCUCUGGGUAUUUAAUCCUGGACGGUUCUGGUCACCCUAGAACAGACUCUGUUUCAGGGGCUAAGGGUCCCUGUGCUGCUCUGGCCCAUAGUUGGUGCUCUUGUCACCAGCAUGGCUCCCUGAUCAGGAGCACAUAGGUUUGAUAGGAAAGGCUCGAUGUCACCUUUAGAUGUAUGUUUAUAUUGAUGUCCUGCUGAGGAAACCCUUAGCCUCAUGGAUUAGCAAAUUCACUUGUAGUUUGUCAAGGUAGACAAUUAAUUCUUCAUUAGCUGCCCUCAAAACAGUACUUGAGAGUCAUGGUACUCUUUAACUGGCACCAUUCAUGGGGACCUUGCUAAAAUUAAUACAGAUCGACAUUUGGUUAAACUAAAGAUUGAAAGACAGAAAUAAAACACCCUAUGAAAACCAGAGACAACUUUUUUGCUUACUUAUGUGUAACAAUUCAUGACCGUUAAUUUGUAAAAACUGACAAUAGUUCGUUGUUUUAUCUUUCAAUUGGCCUAAGAAGCGUAGACAGUGAAAUCCAGUAAGAAUGACUGCAUGCAGUUAAGUCAUGCGAAAACUCGGUUUCUCUCUGGUAGUUGUUUUCAGGUAAUGUAUCACUAGAAUAAGUGUCCUUAAACCUAAAGCAUGCUCUCAGAUUCAUCCUCAGAGUCCUCCUGCCAUCUCCAGCUUCAGAAUCAAUCCAACUAUGAGGACAUCCUCAAGACUAGUAGAAGUUAUCAGCACCUUAAAUGAAUCACAGGGCCUUCAGCUGGGUGUUGAUCAUUUAUUGUCAGCAUCAGUGAAACUCAAGGCAUGUCUUGGCGAUAAUAUUUAUGAGAUAACGAGCCAUUUGUAAACGUAAGUUAUUCAGUAAACCCAGAAGGGUCUAACUCUGAACUAAGGAGUCUGAGAAGGUUCACCAAAGUAAAAGACAUGGUCUGGGCCCUAAAAGAUCAUGACCUUCCAUUGGGGUAAUUAGACAUGAAGCCGUAAGUGGGCCUCUGUCAUCUUUCUGUGGGGCCUUUUCAUCAAACCCCAAAAGGCAUUUACUUAGGUCCUCACAGGGACUCAUGUCUGAAGCAGCUGUUCAUUCUCCUUCCUUGGGCAUGAUCUUCAUCAUUUGACCCUCUACACAAGGUCACUGUAGACGAGGACUUUUCAAGAUAGGGGCUUGUAACCACAUUGGCACUCUACUGAAUAUCCAGAAAGAUUAUAAGCUUUCACGAAAGAGGGCUAGGUAAGGACAGAAAAAAAGAUACAUUUAGGAAACAAGAAAAGGACAUCAAACAUCUGGUUUAGCAUAGAGGAGAAGGGGCUACUGAGAGGUUAAUUUUAUGGAAAAGGCAUUAAAGAAAGCUUGGACCAUCCUUAAGGUUUCUGAAAUGGAAAAGCAAAGUGCUGAACUCCUCAACACCCUGCAGUGAAACCAUUUUUCAUUUCAGAUCAAAUGCCAGGGCCCUUUUAUUUUACUGUCCAAAUUAUAAAUGGAAAGUCAUCAUUUUAUCUGAAUAAUAUCAAAAGAAGCAACACUUUUAUUUUUAAACUUUUAUCACCAUCCUAAAUGUGUAAACUGUGGGAUAUUCUGCCAUCCACAACAGAAGCAUUGUCUGAAUUAAGAAACUUACAUUCUUAAGAAAGAAAAGAAAAAGAAAGAAAGAAAGAAAGAAAGAAAGAAGAGAAAGAAACAUUCUGAGGAGUCGGUGCAUGCAUGGCACACUAGGUCGGCCUUUCCUCUCCCCCUUUCCCUAACCCCCAACCCUUUCCCCUCUGCCUCCUGACCCUAAAACUCAAGCGUGUCUCUGAAAAAGCACUUCAAAACACUAUG